UGGGAGUUGUAGUCCUCCGCUAUGUGUCGGCAAUGGGCAGCGGUGGGGGUCGCCUGCCUGUUCAGCAGCAAGUUCUACACAGCAGAAUGAGAAAUAACGGUGCUUUUACAGUAGAAGUUUAAAGAGAAAGGGCUGGUUCUAGAAUUGUAUCCCCUCAGAGCGGCCGUUUCAGUGGACAGUGAGGCGACUCCUUUGGGGCGCAGCAGGGUCGUGACAAACGCCGCUCGUGACGCUUAGAGUGAAUCUAGGCCCCAAGCGACUCCGCUGCCGUAAGAUGUGGUAUCAGAUUCACGGAGGGUGAGGUUAUCGAUAGGGAACGAGGCAAAGAUGGCUCUAGGCUGCCUCCAAGAUCAGAGGCCCCUUUCCGUUGACCCGCUUUCGGAGAAUACUGAAGACGCGCCUCCUUUCCCUGACCUUUGACACCGUUUUUUUUCGGGAUCCACCCUACCGUUACUUAACUGUUUUUUUUAUUUUGAAAAAAAUUAAAUGGUUGCAGCCUGCCCUGGGAACUGCUGCUGAAGGCCAGGAUUUCAGCCUGUGGUUUUGAGUUACUUAUUUUACCUUCAUCUUCUACUCCCUGAAUUCAUUCUCUGGAACAGGUGAUCAGCCUUGGACUUUCCAUGAUAUUGUUUUCUUGGGACGACUCCAACAAAGAUUAUUUCAAAAUGAUGACAAAUAUUAUCAUACUGAGUGUACUUAUUUGCAUUUCUUUAUCCUUUUGGAUUGUGUCUAUGACUGCAAGCACGUAUUAUGGUACUUUGCGGCCUAUUUCUCCAUGGCGUUGGCUUGUUUCAAUCUUAAUUCCCCUGAUAAUAGCUUCACGAGGAUUUAAGAAAAAAAGUCUUGAUCAUAGUGGAGCAAUAGGAGGUUUAGUAGUUGGAUUUAUCCUCACUGUGGCAAAUUACAGCUUUUUCGCUGCCAUGAUCAUGUUUUUUAUUACUUCCUCCAAACUCACCAAGUGGAAAGGAGAAAUAAAGAAGCAAAUAGAUUCUGAAUACAAAGAAGGUGGGCAGAGAACUUGGGUACAAGUAUUCUGCAAUGGUGGUGUACCUGCAGAAUUGGCUCUGCUAUACAUGAUUGAAAGUGGUCCAGGCGAAAUUCCUAUAGACUUUUCCAAACAAUAUACAGCAUCCUGGAUGUGCCUGUCACUACUGGGUGCUUUAGCCUGCUGUGCUGGAGACACGUGGGCUUCAGAGAUUGGCACUGUCAUGAGUAGUGAACCCCGAUUGAUAACAACUUGGGAAAAAGUUCCAGUAGGUACCAAUGGUGGCAUUACUUUAGUGGGCCUAAUCUCAAGUUUGCUUGGUGGCACAUCAGUAGGUGUAGCUUACUUCAUUUCCCAGUUGAUGUUUGUGAAUGACCUGGAUAUAUCUGCUCCACAAUGGCCCAUUAUUGUGUUUGGUGGAAUGGCUGGUUUACUGGGAUCCAUUACUGAUUCUUAUUUAGGAGCAACCAUGCAAUACAGCGGUUUAGACACAAGUACUGGAAUGGUUGUCAACCAUCAGACAAAAGAUGCAAGACACAUAUCUGGAAAACCUAUCCUAGAUAACAAUGCGGUGAAUCUCUUCUCCUCCGUAGUCAUUGCUUUGUUGUUGCCGGGAGCAGCAUGGGGAUUUUGGCCAAGAGGCUGAAGUGAAAGCAUUGACUCCAAUAUAUUUUAUAAAAACAAGCUAUGACCUAAAGGAGUCUAUACAAUGCACUCUAGACUGGAAUCUGUUUUCCUACUACUGCUACACAGGCCACGAGGAAUCAUCAGGCUAUUGAAGCUACACUUCUGUAGCAGCUGCUGUUACUGUAGGAAAAGUAGACUGGAAAGAGGCAGUAUUGAUUUGACAUCGCUUUGGUAAUGGAAUACAGUUCUGCCUGAAGUUUCUUCACCUGCUGCUUACAAGGUUGUAUGCUUGAUCUCAAUUCAUUCUCUACCAUCUAGUAAUUUAUUGAAGGAAAUGGGAAACUAAGGUGUUAACCUGUCACUGAGUACAGCUGUGUUCACAAUCAAAGCAGUGGGCUUAACAUUAUACAUCUCCUAACUUCUUAUUGUAUUGCAGGAUGUGGAAAACACUUUUGAGGUGGUUUUCUCUGUGCACCAUCAAAACGUGUUGAGGCAGUUAGGACGUGAAUGUUUGAAUGACUUCAUAAGAUCAAAACCUUUUUUCUUUCUUUCUUUUAAUAGAACACAUCAACAAAAACCAGUCUUUGAAAGAAUCUGUGUUGUUUCUCUUAGAACUAAAAUGUGAUUGUUCUAAUAACACUAAACUAUUGGUGUCUAAAGUUUAAAAAUUGGCAGAAUACUUGUUUUGGCCCAUAUCUUUAGCUAUUCUUAUUAGCUAUGGUUUUACCCGAGCAUAUUGAACAAACAGCAUUCUUUACAUUCAUUUCAUUUACUUCUGUUUAAUGUUGCAUGUUUUGCUUUUUAAACCUGAAGGAGGUGGCAGCCUGCAGAUUCACUUUAGUCAUCAAUAAAUGCAGGUUUCUUUUCUUGACCAUGCAAGGUGCACAAUCCGGAACUGGAUUUCUGAGCUUUCAGAAACCUCAUCUUUACACAGAAAGAGUAUAAACGAACUGUGGUAAAAGUUGUACUUCUGUAUAACUAAAUGCAACUCUUCUCAGGAUGUGAAAUUUCUCUUGUGCUAAUGAAAACCUUUCAGGUAGUAUGAUUGUAAAAUAGGCUCUAAUAUACUUCUGAUUUAUCUAGUUUGUUUGCAAACAGAUGUGUUUUCUGUACUCUUAUAUUUGUUGUUUUACAGCAGUUUUAUAUUGGUCAGAGAUGCUAGCACUUUCAAUCUGGCAUAUAAUACUUAAGAAAAUCUGUAGGAUGUUAUUGUUAUGACCCACAGACUACUUUUAAGACUGUAUCCAUUCAGAGUUGUCAAUAUUUUCAAGUUGGUAGUUACAAAUUUAACUUGUCAAUGGGAUCAUGAUCUUGUAAGGUAAAAUAGGGGUCAUUGCCUUACAAGGCAGAUCACAAGAAUAUUUCAAAAGUUGGACAGCAAAACACUGGAUGCCUUGAACUUCACUCGUUCACGCAGUAAUCAGACAUUUGACUUUGUGAACAUUCAUUGUAGAAAGAUUUUUAUAGUGUAGAUAGGAUUACACUGGGCACAAUAAAGUGAAUAUAACACCUCAGAGCAGCAUGUAAAUUGCACUAAUGUUACAGAACCAUUGUGAAAGGUUUAUGCUUUAUGAGAACAUGGAAAAGGUAUAAAAAGAGGAGACAGCAAAGGGAGGCAAAAAGUGGUACCUUAGAUAAAAACAUUUAUUGUAUUUUAUAGUAGAAUGCAUCAACAAAAGUCCACUUUAGAAAAUAUCUGUGCUGUUUUUGUUAUAAUUGCCACGAGAUAGUUCUAAUACUACAACAUAAUUGAUGUCUAAAGUUUGUGGGAAGAUGGCAAAGAUAUAAAAAGGGGGGUUUAAAAGUUGGAACUUGGAAUAAGGCAAAAAGAAAUUGAUGGAACUGGAAAAAGAGCUGGCAGAGAAAAGCUCUCUCUGAUGAUGAACACAUUCUAGCCAUCGUCAGAAGAGUGAGAACACAGGAAAGUGUGAGCAAGUUGUAAAGGAAAGGGGUGUGGAGAGAGAGAGAGGAUAAGUGGGCUGAGAUUUAACAGUUUGAAUGAUUUUCUUUUUUCUUUUUUUUACGUAAGAGGGAACAUACAUUUUAAUAUUCUUUGCCUCAGGGCUCUUCCUUUGAGAUCUAUAGGGCUAUUUGUAUUGAAAGUGCAUAUAGCAGUAAUUUCUUUUCCAGAUGAGAGCUUGCUUUAUUAAAUUAUACCCAUUUGAAUAAAUCUGACUUAAAAAUGAAA